AUGAAUCGUGGCAAAAAAAUUUUGGCUCUCGUUAAACAAAAUGAACAGCAGGAAAAUAGUGCUGCUCAGUAUCCAUUAGAAAAUCUGCCUAUCGAAUUUGAGGAUGGAGUUCUAUUUGAAGGUGAUUCGACGAUUAUGUACAGUGAUACUCCUAACGACAACAUCCCUAAUCAAAGCGUCAUUAGUUUAGAAUCAAAUAUAAUUUUAAAAUGCAAUACUUCUGUUUCUUCAAAUAUUGCAAAUAAUGACAUUUCCCUAAAUGAGCAGAGAUCCGACACGAUUGAAAAUCUAACUCCCUCUGAUAAUUAUUGUUCACUCGAUGUAAGUCAUAAUAUCUUUAUAAGCGAACAUGACAACGAAAUUAUAAGUCUGGACAAUAACAUAGAAUUAGAUGAUUGCAUAUUAUUAGAAAAAUAUGAAGAGUAUCCAGACUCUACAAUUGAAGCAGAAAUUAAUGGCAAAAAUGAAAAAACGACACCAAUCGAAAGAACACCAAACAAAAUCGAAGAUUCACUUGAAAAUGUGAACCAUGGAUAUGAGACUAAAAUAGAAAAAGUGAGAAUAAACAAAAACGUAAUGGAUCCGGAUUUUGUAUUAAAUAACAGCAAAGAUAAUGAAGAAUCUGAUAGUGAAGUUGUGAAUAAACGCACAAAGAAUAGAAGCCAGAACGAAGAUUUGGAUCCAGAAGAUAUGUCUAUUGAACCAGCAACCAAAAGAGCAAAGAAAAUAGAUUUAGACAAAAAUAAAUGGAAAAGAACAGAAAAUAAAAUUAAGCGAAUGAAAGGAGAAGAAUAUCUAGGAUAUACCAGAAAAAAUAAAAAAUGGAAACACAACAAAAUUAGAAGCGAAAGAGAAAUAAAAGAAAGAUGCGAUGGUAAACACUGUGGGAAAACAAAAGUAUAUUUAUGCAAUAGCGUGACAAACGAAAAACGAAAUCAAAUAUUUGAAAAUUUCUGGAAAGAUUUAACAUGGGACCAAAAAAAAAUGUUUGUUAUUAACAAUGUUGAGAAAACAGAACCAAAAAGAAGAAAAACUGAAAAUAAGGAAACACAGAAAUCAAAUAGCUUUUUUUACUAUUUGAGAAUAGAUGGUAAACCGCUUAGAGUCUGUAAAAAGAUGUUCCUAAAUACAUUAUGCAUUGGAGAAUGGAGUGUAAGAAACUGGUGCAACAAUGAAGAUAACGGAAUGGUAGCAUCAUCAGCUGAAGUGAAUGACAGAAGAAAAAACAGUCAAGAACCUAAAUUAUGCGAGAGAAGAAAGUUUCUUGAAAAUUGGUUUGACAAAUUACCAAAAAUUCCGUCACAUUAUGCAAGAGCUGAUAGUAAAAAGGAAUACAUCGAAGAUAAUAUCGUUAAAAAUAAAUCGCAGCUGUAUAAAAGGUACGUUGAAUGUUGUGAAGGAAAACCUCUUAGUACUUUUGUAUUUGACGAGUUAUUUGAAAAAAAGAAUUUAGGGAUAUUCCAGCCUAGAAAGGAUCAAUGCGAUAUGUGCUGUAGUUUUAAGACUGGUAACAUUGAUCAGAAAGAAUAUGAGGCGCACAUUGUAUCUAAAGACCGAGCCAGAAUUGAAAAGCAAAUCGACAAAGAACAAUCAUCUAUCAAAGAAAAUUGCCAUCUACUAACCAUGGAUCUUCAGGCUGUUCAACUAUGUCCCAGAAUGUACGCUUCUGCGCUUUAUUAUAAACAAAAACUUAGAGUUCAUAACUUUACAAUUUACAACCUGUCAACACACCAAUCAACAAAUUUUUGGUGGCACGAAUGCGAAGGGAAGCUUGAGGCUUCAAAUUUCGCAAGUUGCAUUAUAGAUUAUCUGGAAACACAGUUUAGCCAAUCUAAUCUACCCAUAAUAAUAUACAGCGACGGGUGUGGGUACCAGAAUAAAAACGCGGUUCUUUCAAAUGCUUUAUUAACCUUUUCUGUUACUAAUAAAAAAAUUGUAGAGCAAAAAUAUCUCGUUAGGGGUCACACGCAGAUGGAAUGUGACAGCGUGCAUAGUCUAAUAGAACGACGUCUGGAAAAAAGGGAGAUUUAUUUACCAGGGGAAUAUGUAUCCAUAACCAAGCAUGCUCGUAAAAAUCCAUUUCCCCUAGAUGCAAAAUAUUUGCAUCAUGAUUUUUUUAAAUACUAUAGCGAUCCAUUGUUUCAGUGGUAUUCCUCUAUAAGACCACCUGGGGCUACAGUUUCUGAAAUAAGAGCUCUAAAAUAUACACCAGAGGGUCUUAUAUAUUUUAAGACAGAUUUUGAUUCUGAUUAUAUGCCUUUAAGAAAAACAAAAUCUGUUUCUUUAAAUAGAGUAAAUUAUAAAAAUCUUUACUCCACCAAACCCAAAAUUUCGCUUGAAAAAUAUGAACAGCUUCUUGCUAUCACGAAAGUUAUGGAUACAGAUUACCACGAUUUUUAUAAAAAUUUACCUCAUGCAGUUUCUAAAAAAAUUAAAGUUUAA